UAUUACAUAUGGCAAAUGGAAAGCCACUGGCAGACUAAAGACACAAUGUAUUUAUUUUUCGCCCAUUUUGUGUCUUUAGUCUGUUUUGUGUGUUUCCCAUGCAGUGCUGUCCUUCGUCCUUGUCAGAGAGCAAAACAUCCCCAGCUCUUUGUUUUGCAGGCGAUUGUGUUGCCACAUAGAUGCUGCAUGUUUGCAAUUGUUUCUUGGUGAGCCUUUCAGAAUACAUUUUGUCCAAUCAGAGUGACAAUAUUUCUUUGAGAGAAAUUGUCUUCCAUGCUUCAAAUAGUGUUUAUUGAUGAGUUGAGAGAUAUGCAAGGACAUGAGAAAAAUCAGAUUCGUAUCGGCGGGGGUUGCCUCGUUGGUGCGGUUUGGACAGAGGUAAAAUGAAAGGUAUUUUUUUUUUGCGUACGUGCAAUCGUGCGAGAUGUUUUGUGUAUUUUUAUAACCGUUGGUGCAGUUCAAUGCAAGCUGGUCUGCGCAAGUCAUUGUCCGUGAACGUUUUGGUGAUGGUAGACUAUAAAUGUUUAUUUAACACUCGUGCUUGUAAGUUUUCAGUAGCAUUUUGCAAACCUGCACACAGGCAGCAUGCAUAUUCAUAAUCUCAAAUCUGUGAUUAUGAAAGUAUAUUUCUGGCUAUAGAUUCUUGUACUUUUUAGUUUUUUUCUCUUUUCCACGCGAAGCCUCGCCCACAUAAGUUUGACGCCGUGCAGUCAACAAGAAUCUUGAUUGGUUUUUCUUUUCUAUAAUGAGAUUUAACAAGGAAAAGAGCUACGUAAGGCAGUCCGGAGAGGUUCUGCUGGUGCCAGUGCCAUGCUUUCCAUUGGUUCCUGUUUACAUGAUGCCCGCAGGACGCGCGCUGAUUGGUGGCCCCGCUCACGUGACCACGCAACUUUGUACAUUUGACAGCGAGUAGGAGGGUUUUGUGGAGAUCAGAAAAACGACAGCGCGAUAAAAAUUAGUAUUGUUGCACUUCACAAAUUAAUGACCAUGAGUUCCUACUUGAUAAACUCCAACUAUAUCGAGCCGUCCUUUCCUCCAUGCGACGAAUACCAGCAGGGCGGAUACAUCCCCAACCCGGGGGACUACUACGAGCGGCCAAAAGACACGGGCUUCCCCCAUCACGAAGAGCCAUCCUACCCCAGGUCCAACUACACGGAACCGGGCUACGAUUACACCAACGUCCCCACCGCCGGACUGGAUGAUUUCAACGACGGCCACCACUCCACGGCGCAGCCACAAACGCUCGCUCAAAACCACGGACCGCGCCUCGCGUCGGCCCCGGACGGCGGAGCGGGGGCCAUUAAGGACUGCAGCCUCGCCGGUGAGGUCUACCCCGGCGCGGUGAAGGGCAAAGAGCCGGUGGUGUAUCCCUGGAUGAAAAAGGUCCACGUUAGCACCGUCAAUGCCAGUUACGCCGGAGGAGUGCCCAAGAGGUCCCGCACUGCCUACACCCGCCAGCAGGCUCUGGAGCUGGAAAAGGAAUUCCACUUCAACCGCUACCUGACGCGGCGCAGGCGGGUGGAGAUAGCGCACACAAUGUGCCUGUCCGAGCGCCAGGUCAAGAUCUGGUUUCAGAACCGCCGCAUGAAGUGGAAGAAGGAGCACAAGCUUCCCAAUACGAAGAUCCGCUCCAAUUCGGCCUCCUCGUCGUCCUCUUCGUCGUCGUCUUCUUCUGGGGCCCAACAACAGCAGAUGAAAACAGGCCAGCAGCUCGUGCCCACACCGUGCACAGUUGCUUUAUAGUGCACAGCCCACCCCGUGUUAAAUAAAACCCCAAACAAGACUGAGAUGGCAAAGAACACAAGUGGAAAUAGAAGGAAGGACCCAGUGAAUAUUUUGGUGUAUUUUGCCCUUCGUCCCCUUCCACUCUGCGGUCGUCUUUCGCUUCUUCAUAAACUUGAUUUUUUUUUUUUUUUUUUAAUCCCACAACGGCGACUGAAGGGUUCAUAUAUUUGCCUCUUUUUUUUUGGUAUUUUUAUUUUUUUACGAAUGAAGGAUAACGCACAGUCACAUGGAUCAAAAAAAAAAAAGAAACGUGUUGCAUUUCAGUUAGAAAUGGCCGAAUGGGUGAGGAGGCUUGAAUCCUUUCCUUAUGGAUGGUUUAUUUGCAUUUUUUUUUUCACGAAGAAAUUUUAAUAUACUUGAACGUUAUGAUUUAAAAAGCAUUUCUUUAGGAGUUCCAUUGUAGUCACGGUGUGUGUUCGAGUGCUGAAUGUAGUCCAGGUGACCUGCCCAUAUUGUAAUGUACAUAUAUAGACAAAUCAUGAUUGAAGGCACAACGAGGAUUGCAUUUCUACAGGUAGAGACUUUUUGGUUGUUAGUUCGUUCGUGCGCUCUUAAUUCAAUAUUUGCUUCGUGCUCGUGCGUCUCAUGUGUUGUUCUAAACUGUGAAUAUACAUUCGUGGUUGUGCCGUCUCACUAGUGACCCCUGUGCUGUAGUGUAGACUGAAUAUGUCCUUGUGAAAUAAAUGUUCACUUGUAA